AUGCUGAAAGCGGUGGCGCCACUGUUCAACCGUCACAACAACAGGCACUCCUCGCGCCCCUUCAAAGACUACUACAACGAGUGGUUCAGCACUCUUAAGCACAACCUCCUCCCACUCCUCCGCCGCUCCAUCUCCGGCGACUCCCUCACCGUCCUCUCCACCCACGUGGAGCUCAUCCACCAGCACUUCCACUCCUUCUAUUACACCCUCGACUCCGCCGCCACCUCCGACCCCUCCCUCCUCCUCAACCAAGACUGGCGCAACUCCCUCGAGAAGCCCCUCCUCUGGCUCGGCGACCUCACCCCCUUCCUCUUCACCAACCUCGCCCGCUCCUUCCUCGAUGAAUUCCAAGACUCCGAUUCUAACCCAAGCUCUAACCCCAACCCUAACCCUAAUUAUUCCUCUUCUCCUCCUUUAAUCCCCGAUCUUCGGGAAUCUUUCGAUCCCUACGACCGUCCAUGGCAGGUCGCGAUGGCGUGGCGAAACGCUUCCGAGGCCUUAACCACUCGAAUGGACCAAAUCGAGUGUGGGCUGCGCGUCAUUGUUCCCACCCUCACGGAACGAAUGCGAUGUGCAGAGGCUACAUUUGUUGACCGCGUGGUCAACGAUUGGUUUAGGUGUAGGGAUAGUAAGGGCGCUGCGAUGGUUGCUGUUGGUGCUGACGUCAAGGCUCACAUGGAAGAAGUUGUGAGUGUGUUUCUUUAUGCCAAUAGACUUAGGAGAAGCGUUCUUGUGGAUAUUAUUAGUGCUACCACUGUUUACCAAGCUGCUUUGUUUCUUGAGGCCUUGGCUCAGUUUCUAAUUGGGUUUAGGAAUCAUGAUUUGCUCCAUGCUGUGGAGCUCAGCAACAACGUCAAUAAUAAUGCUGCUGCCAAAGAAUGUCGACCUUGGUGUCACUGAUAUGAUUAACAAAAUAUGAAUAUCAUCAGCCAUUGUAUGUUGAAGUUGAUGGUAACUGUGUUUAGGCAAUGUUCUGUUCUGUGUUUCUUUCGUUCUUUGAUUGUUAAAGUUGCUAAUGAUGUGCAAUUACGUUACUGUAUUUGGUUUUGAUCUCGACUGAAAGAUGUCGAGACUUGUGAAUUCUUCAUUGUUGAGU